AUGGAAGCAAUUGGUCUGGGUCAUUCAAUGUUCACUUUGAAUCCCAGUAUUGCGCCGCGUCUCGUAGAACCAAAAGGACAGACCGUCGCCUAUGCUGCUUUGAGUUAUUGUUGGGGCAAAAAUGGUCAAUUACGAUUGAAGAAAGUGAACCAUGUUCAGUUUUUGAACGCUCUUCCUGUUCAAAUGCUUUCCAAGACUACUCAAGACGCCAUUAGAGUUACUCGAGCACUGUCGAUCAAAUAUCUUUGGGUAGAUGCUUUGUGCAUUAUCCAAGAUUCAGCCGAAGACAAGUCGAGAGGGCUUGCUGUAAUGGGUGACUUUUACUCUCGGUCCGUCAUUGCGAUUGGUGCUGCCAAUGGUGACCAUGCAGACGCUGGACUUUUUGCGAAGCGCGCCCCACAUCAGCAACGACCCUGUCCUAUCUAUGAAAUAGAAGACAAUUGUACUAGAACUCAGAUAUUCGCUGAACUCCCUCGAGACGAUGAACAGGGAACAAUACUGGACAGUCGUGGGUGGAUUUUCCAGGAAGAAGUGCUUUCAGCUCGAACUCUCAAGUUUUGUUCUGAUGGUCUUCGCUUAAAACUUGGGUUCAUUGUCCAGAAUGGAAGCCACAGUGAAUUAAUACCUUGGAUCCGAAACGACGAUAUUCUCAAGACUGACAAGCUACCUGCACUUACUGGUAUUGCAACUCAAAUCCAUAAUAUUCAUAAGUAUGACCAUCUUGCUGGUCUGUGGAAGCAAGACCUAGAGUAUGGCUUGCUAUGGUAUGUUGCUUCUCAGCCCAAUAUGAGUAGUGGAAAAAAGGUAGAAGCAUACCAAAAAGCCGCCUCAUCUGUAGCAGAAGGAAUGAAUCAGCUAUCAAUCGGUAACGUUGCCACGCACACGCCAUUCUUGAGGAAUGUGUCCAUUAGCUCAUCAGGAACAGCCCAGCACCUGAAAGCGGCACUUCCUAAUCUCCGAAAGGGAGACGAAGUCAAAGCCAAGUCGCCAUCAUAG